UCACACAAAAUUCUUAAUAGCUUCCUGGUGACUGACGACUGUUAUUCAAGUUUACGUGUAUGGCAAGAAACUAUGGACGUCGCUAUUUUUCCUAAAGGAUUUUUUAUAAUCCUCUUCUUACAGUUCUCAACAAUCCAUUCAAGUGACUCAAAUCAAAAGUAUUUAGCAGAACAUAAAUUAAGAGAAAAAUUACUCAAAGAUUAUGAAAAAUUAUCUAUUCCAACAAAAUUUAAUAAAUCUUUGGAAGUCAAAUUUAAUAUAGUUAUCAAUAAUGCAGAAUUGAAUUAUGAAGCGUCUCAAAUGUUAUUUAGCACAUGGAUUGUACUUAUCUGGAUAGACGAUAGGCUGAAUUGGUCACCGAGUAAUUUUAGCAAUUUGGAAACAAUAAUAAUGAGUUACCAAGAUAUUUGGCGACCCGACAUUUUACCAUAUAACAACAUAGACGUCAUUUCAGAAAACGACUAUCAGAAGUAUACUAAUUGUAGAGUAGAUUACAAUGGCACAGUAAUUCUUGUACAACCUUCUCAGUAUAACAUUCAUUGUGAUAUGGAUAUGAAAUAUUGGCCAUAUGACGAACAAACUUCGACAUUAAGGUUAGGCUCAUGGGUGCAAAGUGGCAAUGUUUUGAAUCUAACAACUGACGAAAAAAGAACCAUAGAAACGCAUAGUUUGCAUUCAGAAUGGGACAUAACAAAUGUGAUACCUAAAAGAAAUAUACAAAUUUACCCAUGCUGCCCGGAAGAAAUUUACAUAGACAUCAGCUACAAUAUCACUAUCAAACGAAGAACACAUCCAUACAAAUCAGUUAUCUACAUACCAGCCUUAUGCAAUGCUGUUUUUAAUUUAGUCGUGUUUUGGAUGCCAUACGAUCAAUAUGGUAAAAUAAUUGUUAACUUAUUGAAUGCACUACUCGUAACCGUAUUUACAUUGAUAAUCUAUUCAAAAAUACCAAUCAUAUUAUCCAGUAUACCUAUUAUCGUCAUUUAUUACACUUACUGUCUCGGACUAACAGCUGCGACCACUAUUAUAUCUUUAGUGGCGAAGAGAAUUACUAUGAUCAAUGAACCACUUCCUCACAAUUUAACUCAGUUCCUUCGAUUUAGUCACCUCAAGUAUUUAGGAAUUGAAACAAACGAUUCAUUUGCUGAAAAUCACAUUUUAUGUGGAAACGAAGACAUAAAUAUACAGGUUAACUAUUUUAAUGAACGACAAAAAUUGGCAUUAGUUAUUGACAGAUUCUGUUUUACGUUAUUUAUAAUGUUUUAUUUUCUUAUGUUUAUUAAUUUUAUAGUAUAAGAUUUCCAAAUAAUGUAUUGUAAACAAUAUAUAAUUCAAUUAUUGUUAAAAAAAAAUUGAAUUAUUCUCCUUCUCACCCUUGGUUAUUCAAUAA